AUGCGGAUUGCCCGCAUACCAAAAAGGGAGACGCAUCCACGCAUGAUGGGCCAGUACCGUGACUUCUCCCUCCCGUCGCCAACAUUUCCUCCUCCCGUCGCCUUCAUUUCCCCCGAAAUGCAACCUCAUUUCCUCCUCCCGUCGCCUUCAUUUCCCGCUCCCGUCGCCUUCAUUUCCCCCUCCCGUCGCCUUCAUUUCCCCCUCCCGUCGCCUUCAUUUCCCGCUCCCGUCGCCUUCAUUUUCCCCUCCCGUCGCCUUCAUUUCCCGCUCCCGUCGCCUUCAUUUCCCCCUCCCGUCGCCUUCAUUUCCCGCUCCCGUCGCCUUCAUUUUCCCCUCCCGUCGCCUUCAUUUCCCCCUCCCGUCGCCUUCAUUUCCCCCUCCCGUCGCCUUCAAGUCCCCCGCCCGUCGCCUUCACUCCCCCCGCCCGUCGCCAACGUUCCCCCCUCCCUACGCCCUGCUCAUUCUCCCGUCGCCCUCUCUUCCCUGGCUCGCCCUUUGUUGGUUCACUUGCGCCAACGCAUCCUGCCCCGUCGCUACCCCUCCCUGCACCCGACGGGAACCGGCCAUUUCCCCACGCUAAUGCUCCCUUUCCCUCACUACCACCCGCCCAAUCCCCCACACCCCCGCGUCCCGUGCCCCACUCCCCGGCUCACUCUGUCUCCCCUUCUCGUUCUUUUCCCCCCGGCUCACUUUGUUCUCCCGCACGCUUCCAACCCCUUGCCGUCAACCCUGCCAUUACCCUCUCUCCCUAUCCCAUUUCCUCCCACGCCAACUCUCCCUUUCCCUCACGCCAACUCUCCCUUUCCCUCGCGCCAACUCUCCCUUUCCCUCACGCCAACUAUCAUUUCCCCCCCAUCAACUCUCUAUUACCCGCACGCCAACUCUCAUUUCCCGCACGCCAACUCUCAUUUCCCGCACGCCAACUCUCAUUUCCCGCACGCCAACUCUCAUUUCCCGCACGCCAACUCUCAUUUCCCGCACGCCAACUCUCAUUUCCCGCACGCCAACUCUCAUUUCCCGCACGCCAACUCUCAUUUCCCACACGCCAACUCUCAUUUCCCGCACGCCAACUCUCAUUUCCCGCACGCCAACUCUCAUUUCCCACACGCCAACUCUCAUUUCCCACACGCCAACUCUCAUUUCCCACAUGCCAACUCUCAUUUCCCACACGCCAACUCUCAUUUCCCACACGCCAACUCUCAUUUCCCACACGCCAACUCUCAUUUCCCACACGCCAACUCUCCGACUCCCUCACGCCAACUCUCCAUCUCCCUCACGCCAACUCUCAUUUCCCACACGCCAACUCUCCAUCUCCCUCACGCCAACUCUCAUUUCCCACACGCCAACUCUCCAUCUCCCUCACGCCAACUCUCAUUUCCCACACGCCAACUCUCAUUUCCCACACGCCAACUCUCCAUCUCCCUCACGCCAACUCUCCAUCUCCCUCACGCCAACUCUCCAUCUCCCUCACGCCAACUCUCCAUCUCCCUCACGCCAACUCUCCAUCUCCCUCACGCCAACUCUCCAUCUCCCUCACGCCAACUAUCCAUCUCCCUCACGCCAACUCUCCAUCUCCCUCACGCCAACUAUCCAUCUCCCUCACGCCAACUAUCCAUCUCCCUCACGCCAACUCUCCAUCUCCCUCACGCCAACUAUCCAUCUCCCUCACGCCAACUCUCCAUCUCCCUCACGCCAACUCUCCAUCUCCCUCACGCCAACUAUCCCAUUCCCCGGAGUCGUUGCCCAACACUACCCCCUCCUGUCGCCUCCACUCCCAUGCGCGCUCUCUCCCCCCCUGCUCACUCCUUUAUCCCCUGCUCACUCCUUUAUCCCCUGCUCACUCCUUUAUCCCCUGCUCACUCCUUUAUCCCCUGCUCACUCGGUUCCCCCCUGCUCACUCCUUUAUCCCCUGCUCACUCUCUUUCCCCCUGCUCACUCUCUUUCCCCCCUUCUCACCCAUUUCCCCCCUUCUCGGGCCACGCCGCCACGGCGACAGUGCACGCACUCCUGCUACCCAUGUCGUCAUCUCGUCCCCCUGCUACACGUGUCCUGCUCGCAUCCCCUUGCUGCCCCUCACCACCCUCCCUACCACACCCCCACUCAACGACCCACCCUCCUGUUGCGGCCCACGAGAAUGGAGAGAAGGCCGUCAGGGGGCCGCCAUCUGGUGCUGCCUCCCGACCUCCCCUUCCCUCCCCCACCCCCGCACUGCCGUCUGCUCCCUCUGGCACCCCAUUGAAUCUCUCCUCCCCCCUCCCCCCUGCUGCCAUCCCUUGCUCUAACCUCGUCUUCCUUCGCGCCCUCGGUCUCUCCCUCACCUUCUCCUUCACACCGCACUCUUCACUUCCCAGCUUUCUCCCACUUUGGUACAAAUCCCCCUCCAUCUCGAAACACCCUCUCUCGGUCGGCUCCCCGGCUGCCCCUGCUUCAACUCCAUACAACGAUGCAUCACCGCCCACUCCUCUCCUUUGCUCCGCUCCUUGGUCUCCCUCCGUCCCGCUGUGA